GUCCCAAAUAAUUUCAAGGCAGAUAUCAUCAGAAGGCACUUACUAUGCUGGCCAGAAUCAUAUUCUUUACUUCAAUCUUUGUAGCCAUACUCACUGUUGUUCUCUUGGCUCUCUUCUCACCUGUAAACCACAAUAGGAAGCCUGGAAAAAGCCCCAACAGGCCUUGGCUUGCUCUCUCCCUUUACAUCCAGCAGCCACAACUAGCCACGACCACCGCCAGUGGACCACUUCCGGUGGCCAGGUCGGGAGAUGGGGCACUGGUCUUCCACCGGAAACUGACAGAGGGGCCGGAGAGCACUUCCUGGGUUGUUGGGAAGGCUCAAGGGUUCAUAAUCCCUGUCGAACAUUUUGCACACUCUGCCUUCAAUCUGAUUUACCUCACAUUCGAUACACACAAGUACACGGGUAGUCUGAGUGUCGAAGCCAAGCAUUUUGCUCGCGAGGAUGGAGGCAAACUAGCUGUGGUUGGCGGAACAGGGUCCUUUGCAUUUGCUCGAGGCCUUGCUGUUUUGUCUCAGACAAGCCGGGAGUAUGGGACUUAUCGCAUAGAGCUACACCUCAAGUUCCCUAACCGGUCCCAGACAAUACCGGGUUGAGCUGCAAGUGGUCAACAAAUCUUCCUCUCCUUUCUCCAAAUCAAUAUAACUCAAAUUGCGAAUGACCAACCUUCCACUGUCAUUUGAGAGAGGUUAAAUCCUAUAUAGAUAAACAACUCAUCAACCAACCAUACAGUUCAGAAGUAAUGGUUGAUGAUACCCAUAAUGGGUCCUAAACAAUUCGUGUCUAUUUUGUUGUCAUUGAUGAUACUAAAACAAAAUCACACGGUAAUCAAAUUUGAGG